AUGCGGGCAGAUUGCGUUGAAAAGCGCUUCACGAGAUUCUUCAGCGAAUACGCUCGCUAUGUUUUGCUGUUUCCUUGGCCAUUUAUGAUUGUGCCAUUAAUCACUACCGUAUUGCUGUCAUUAGGCCUCUCGAGAUAUCCUCAAGCAUUUCUAAAGGACCAAAUUGAUCUCUACAUACCUAUGAACACAGUUGCACAUUAUGAAUUCCGUCAACUUGAUUCGUUGUUCCAUAUAAAUGAUUCAGAUCCAUUCUACGCAAUUAGACGUUACGAUAUCAAGCGAUCUGGUUAUGUUAUUGUGACAGCGGCCGAUGCAGAAGAUGGAAAUAUAUUGGGUGUAAAUACUAUAAAAUCGGUGAUGCAACUCUGGAACAGUAUUCAGUUGCUAUCAGUGGAUGGUGAUCGCAAUCGAAGCAUUACUUACCCAUCAAUUUGUGUCAAAUUACAAGUACCGGGUCUUUUCGUCAAUCUCAUGCAUCUCGUCUUAUCUUCAAACGUAUCCACACCCGAACAAAUUUGUGUGUCUAAUCCGCUCAUUGAGAUGCACAAAUUUAUGGUCCUUAACAAUCGGUUAUUAGGGAAUUCAACAAUAGAUCAGUUAACGUCAACACAAAUCAUUGAACUAAUAUCAAUGGACAAGAAAGUGAUCACAAAUUUCUUAGGUGGUUUGGCGUUUAAUGGAAAGCGACAAUUAAUUGAUAAUGUGUUUAUAUUGCUAUCGGCCUGGAGAGCCACAAAUAUCAACGAAUCCCUGGAGCGACGUAUGAUGAAGUCAUUUUCGGAUGCAAGUGUUUCAAUUACGGUUACGUCAAUGAGCGAUAUUAUUUCAUUCUUGAUGUUCUGUGCUUAUGCGGUUGUCGCUGUUCUCUUCAUCUAUAUCUAUCAGCUGACUUUUCUUGCGGGAAUAAUGGCACUGACUUGUAAACGGGAAGUAUCACAUCGGCAUUGUUUGACGUUUGCAAUUGUUGAAAAUCAUCUAACAAAUCAUCUGAACAGAGUCACUCCAGUGCCCAAAUUAAAUCCAAACAUGAAUCCCUCAAAAUUCAAUGACUUUGCCGAAGAAGGUGAAUUUGAGCGACGAACGGAACAGUUCUCAUCAAAAAAUCAUGCAUUAGCUGAAUUUUUCCGAACAACUUAUUCUGACGCAUUGCUAAAUCCUUUUAUUCGUUUAGUAAUCAUUAUUCUAUUUAGUUUCUAUAUUGUAGUUUCGAUUAUCGGAUACCUCAAUGUUAAAGUUGGUCUUGAAGCCAAUGAUCUGUUACCCGAACGUUCUUAUGGCAGAGAUGCACUCGAAGACGCCGAAAAAUAUUUCUCUCAUUCACCGAGUUAUCUGCACGUUUGGAUGCAUAAUCUUUCGUCCAUUGGAAAUAAUCAUCGUAAACUAUGGAAGGUGCUUGAUAAAGAGAUUGAGCUAUACGAAUAUACCGAAUAUACUGGUGCAAGCGAUUUUUGGCUUCGUGCAUUCAGUUCAACGAUUCAACAAUCAGGACUUCAAUUAACAUCUGAUAAUUUCGCAUUUUUAGUGCGAGAUAAAUUCCUCUCGAAGGCACACUUCGCUAGAUACAAACGGUUGAUAUUUGAUUCAUUGAAAUUGUCUUUUGAUCUUCUUUGGAUCAUUUGGGAUAUCAUCUUCAACAAGAACUACACCUUGCUGGAAGCAUCUCGUGCGAUUGUUGAAUUAAGGUUCGUAGGAGCACACAAUCAAACCAGAGCGAUGCAUUUGUUCAGGCGCAUUGCCGAAAACAGUCGACUACUUCCUACGAACGUCUAUGCUGAUUUCUUUCAAUUUGCUGAGCAAUACAACGCCGUUCUGCCAACCACUGUGACCUCAAUGUUGAUUGCUGGUGUUGCUGUGAUGGUCGUUUCAUUGCUAUUGAUCCCCGAGACGACAGCCUCAGUCUGGGUGGCAGUAACCAUACUGAGUAUUAAUUUAGGCAUAAUUGGUUUUAUGACAUUUUGGAACGUUCGACUCGACUUUGUCUCGAUGCUAACAAUUGUUAUGAGUAUUGGGUUUUGUGUUGAUUUCGCUUCUCACUUCGCAUAUAAUUUCGCCAAGGGUUCAAAUCCAGAUGCGUCUCAGCGAAUGCGCUAUGCUCUUUACGUUGUUGGCACACCGAUCCUUCAAAGUUCAUCGAGUACAAUUUUGGGUGGGUUAUUGUUUUAA